AUGAAAAGAUCCUGGGUGCUCUGGUGUGCGCGCAGGGCCUUGCUGGGGUCUCAGGAAACUGCGCUUCGCGAUUUGAAGUCAAUAAAGGGAAGUUGCCAUAAUUUAUGUACUGUUUCUAAGGAUGUCACCUACAAGGAACUUAAAAACCUAUUGAGCUCCAAAAGUGUUAUGUUAAUUGAUGUUAGAGAGAAAUGGGAAAUUGUGGAACAUGGAAAAAUCCCUGGAUCUAUCAAUAUACCCUUACAUGAAGUAACUGAAGCCCUACAGAUGAACUCAAGAGACUUCAAGGAGAAGUACCACGAAGCCAAGCCAUCCAAGUCAGAUAGUCUGGUGUUCUCUUGUUUAGCGGGAGUAAGAAGCAAGGAGGCUCUGGACACAGCAAGAUCUCUGGGCUUUAAC